UUGAUCAAUCCUCCAUUUUCCAACACACAGCGGCGGCAGCGGGAGAGAGAAGAGAGCCACCCCUCUACCUGGAGAGGAAGCCAGGGACCGGGGGCAGUCAUGGCAGCGAAUAUGUACCGGGUUGGAGAUUAUGUUUAUUUUGAGAACUCAUCCAGCAACCCACUGCUGAUCAGGAGGAUAGAGGAGCUGAACAAGACAGCCAAUGGGAAUGUGGAGGCCAAAGUGGUGUGUUUUUACCGGCGCAGGGAUAUCUCCAGCACACUCAUCGCUCUGGCAGACAAACACGCAAGGGAGCUUGAAGAGGAGAUGGAGAAUUCAGAGAUGGCCGAUCUCCCCGAGAAGCAGAAGCACCAGCUCAGACACAGAGAGCUGUUCCUGUCCCGCCAGCUGGAGUCCCUACCAGCAACACACAUCAGAGGAAAGUGCUGCGUGACGCUGCUGAAUGAAACAGAAGCCCUGAAGUCCUACCUGGACAGAGAGGAUGCCUUCUUCUACUCGCUGGUGUAUGACCCCCAGCAGAAGACGCUGCUGGCGGAUAAAGGGGAGAUCCGCAUUGGGAACAAAUACCAGGCGGACAUCACCGACCUCCUGAAUGAAGACGAAACGGACGGCAGAGACCUGGCGAAACUGGAGGAGAAGGUCUGGGACCCCAACAGCUCGCUAACAGAGAAACAGAUCGACCAGUUUUUAGUCGUAGCCCGGUCAGUAGGGACAUUUGCCAGAGCUUUGGACUGCAGCAGUUCUGUCCGGCAGCCGAGCCUCCACAUGAGCGCCGCCGCUGCCUCCAGGGACAUCACUUUGUUUCACGCCAUGGACACGCUCCACGCUAACGGCUACGACAUGACUCGAGCCAUCGCGGCGCUGGUGCCUCAGGGUGGGCCCGUCCUCUGCAGGGAUGAAAUGGAGGAGUGGAGCGCCUCAGAGGCCAACCUGUUCGAGGAAGCGCUCGAGAAAUACGGCAAAGACUUCACAGACAUCCAGCAGGAUUUUCUGCCCUGGAAGUCGCUGACAAGUAUAAUUGAGUAUUACUACAUGUGGAAGACCACAGAUCGAUACGUCCAGCAGAAACGGUUAAAAGCAGCCGAGGCAGAGAGCAAACUCAAACAGGUCUACAUCCCCAACUACAACAAGCCCAACCCCAACCAGCUGAGUAACAGCGUAAAGCCGGCUCUUCUAAACGGAGCCGCCGGCUCAAACGUCCCGGUACCGCCGGGGCCACCGGGACCACCAGGCUCGGUCCAGACCCCGGGUCUGGGCAGGGCCUGUGAAAGCUGCUACACCAGCAGCUCCUACCAGUGGUACUCGUGGGGACCUCCGAACAUGCAGUGUCGUCUGUGUGCCUCAUGCUGGACCUACUGGAAGAAGUACGGAGGCUUGAAGAUGCCCACAAGACUGGACGGCGAGAGGCCGGGGCCCAACCGCAGCACCCUGAGCCCACACAGCCUUCCUCUGCGGCACAGCGGCAGCCCCAAGUUCGCCGUCAAGACCCGACAGGCGUUUUUCCUGCAGACCACCGGCCAGACGCGGCUGGCGCGGCGCCUCUGCGAGGACAUCAUCCGACCGCGAUACCUGGCCCGCCACCCCUACCUCCCAGUCAACACGGCAGCCAUCAAAGCAGAGUGUGCUCUGAGGUUACCUGAUCGGCCGAAAAAGCCGUCACAGUUGAAGCCAGUGGAGCGUAAACCUCUGGAGUCUGUGGUUCGGUACUUGGAAGCACAUCCCCGUCCAUCCAAGCCCAACCCGCCGCCUCGUGGAAGCUCGAUCUCAACAGGAUGCUUGACGCCCAUAAAGUCCUCUCCCAUCCUCAACAACGGCUCGCCUACCAUCCUGGGCAAGCGCAGCUACGAGCAGCACAACGGCCUGGAUGGUACCAAAUCCAAAGCCUUCACUCCACAGUGGGACAUUAUGGCCAAACGUGUUAGUGACGCGGGACGGCCUUCAGCGCCCCUGCAGGACGAGAUACAUGAACUGGACUGAACUCUCCGUGGGAAGCAUCUCUACUGCAAACACCACUGAGCGGGGGAGAAAUGAAAUGGAAAAGGCUUUUCCUAACAAACCAUACAUGCGGGCAGCUGAGAGGAGACGGCAGCAUCGGUCACUUUUCAUCAGUCAGUUUGUGUCUCUUGCUGCUGGAGACCAGUGGAUGGGCAGAGGUCUCUAUCUGAAGAUGAAGCCUGACUGUACAGGACUGUGUUUAUUACUUACAUUACUUGUUAUUACUGUCUUUGUAAUUAUUGUUUUUUUUUUUUUGUUUUUUUUACCAACUAUAACUCAGUUUGUUUGUCGAUCAAAGGAUGGAGGCUUUCAUGAAAAGUGCUUGAGGAACCCCUGUGGAGAAGGGUGAAAGGAACGUAACAUAAGCCACUUGCUUCUUCUGUUUUGCUGAUUUUUGGUUUUUGUUUCUUUUUCUUUUUUUUUUUUUUAUCAAAUCAAGUCAGAACACUCCUGUUUCACUUAGUUUGAAUGCUUUACCUGAAUGUCCUUCUGUCGUGGGAGCCGGCGCCGCUCUUCAGCCGGACGAGGUUUUACUUAUCCAGAAAGACUUGGUGUUUUUUUUUUUUUUCCUACCUUUUUCAGCAAUUAAUGCAUCUCUUCGCUUCGAUAACGUAAUUAGAAACGAUAACCGGUUUUCCCCUCUUGUUUUGGUGUCCGUCCACAGAGGUGAGGUGUUAAGACAUGCAUCGAACGCUGCCGUUUCAGGCCGCCGUCGGCGUGUUUUUUCCCCCUACUCCACACCGGUAUGCAAGCAGGGUAUAUGCAAAUUUACAGCAACUCUUCAUUCCUAAUGGCUUUAUAUGUUGUCAGUAUUGGAGCAGAUUGAAAGCUCGAGACGUUCUUUGUUUUGUAAGCAAACAUCUGAAAUGAACUAAAAAGCAGGAAUGCAGCCUGCUUUCAUGUCCA